CCGGUGCUCCGGACAGUCGUCGGGCGGGGGCGCGGCGGCGGGUUUGGCGCGGAAGUGCCUGGGAGCCUCGGGCCGGGGGCGCGCACCUCGGUCGGCGACCGUCCCUGGCUCGGCCCGAGAGGUGGCCUGGGCGGCUGGGGUAGGUUGGUGGCGGCUCUGAGGGAUGUGCUGCCCCCGGAAAGUUUGCCUCUUCAACACCGGCCGCCUCCCGCUUUUGUAAACCUCCAGUACGACUCCAGUGCAUUUUAUAAGGUGCAGUCAUGCAGGAAAACCUCAGAUUUGCCUCAUCUGGAGAUGAUGUUAAAAUAUGGGAUGCUCCAUCUGUGACAUUGGUGGAUAAAUUUAACCCACACACAUCACCACACGGAAUCAGCUCAGUGUGUUGGAGCAGCAAUAAUAACUUUCUAGUGACAGCCUCUUCCAGUGGUGACAAAAUUGUUGUUUCAAGUUGCAAAUGUAAACCUGUUCCACUUUUAGAGCUUGGUGAAGGGCAAAAGCAGACAUGUGUCAGCUUAAAUUCCACAUCUAUGUAUUUGGUAAGCGGAGGCCUAAAUAACACUGUUAAUAUUUGGGAUUUAAAAUCAAAAAGAGUUCAUCGCUCUCUUAAGGAUCAUAAAGAUGAAGUAACUUGUGUUACCUAUAAUUGGAAUGAUUGCUACAUUGCUUCUGGAUCUCUCAGUGGUGAAAUUAUUUUGCACAGUGUAACCACAAAUUUAUCUAGUACUCCUUUUGGCCAUGGUAGUAACCAGUCUGUUCGGCACUUGAAGUACUCCUUGUUUAAGAAAUCACUUCUGGGCAGUGUGUCCGAUAACGGAGCAGUGACUCUCUGGGAUGUGAAUGGUCAGAGUCCGUACCAUAACUUUGACAGUGCGCAUAAAGCUCCAGCCUCAGGCGUCUGCUUUUCUCCUGUCAAUGAACUGCUCUUUGUGACUAUAGGCUUGGAUAAAAGGGUCAUUCUCUAUGACACUUCAAGUAAGAGGCUAGUGAAAACGCUGGUGGCCGAUGCCCCUCUAACUGCAGUAGAUUUCAUGCCUGAUGGAGCCGCUCUGGCUGUUGGAUCUUCCCGUGGGAAAAUAUAUCAAUAUGAUUUAAGGAUGUUGAAAUCCCCAGUUAAAACCAUCACUGCUCAUAAGACUUCUGUGCGAUGUAUAGCAUUUCAGUACUCCACUGCUCUUUCUAAGUCAAGUUUAAAUACAGGCUCUUCAAAUAAGCCCACAGCUGUGAACAAACGCGCCAUCACCGUGAGUGCCACCAGUGGAGGAGCUCAGAAUUCCGGAGUCGUCCGCGAAGUAGCCACCUCUUCUGUUGGCACGGCUCUCCCACAGCCCGUGACCACAGCGGCGGGGAGAGGAGCAGCUGCCGUUCAAGACAAAGCAGAUAUAAAAGGUUUGCCUCGAAGCAUAAACACUGAUAUUCUAUCUAAGGAAACAGACAGUGGGAAAAAUCAGGAUUUCUUCAGCUUUGAUGAUACUGGAAAAAGUAGUUUAGGUGACAUGUUUUCACCUAUCAGAGACGAUGCUGCAGUUAACAAGGGAGGUGAUGAGUCCAUAGGCAAAGAUGGUCUUGACUUUCUACCACAAUUGAACUCAGUUUUUCCUCCAAGAAAAAAUCCAGGAGCAUCAAGCACUUCAGUAUUGCAUUCUAGUCCUCUUAACGUCUUUAUGGGAUCUCCAGGGAAAGAAGAAAAUGAAAAUCAUGAUCUGACAGCUGAAUCUAAGAAAAUAUAUCUGGGAAAACAGGAACCCAAGGACUCCUUCAAGCAGUUUGCAAAGUUGAUCCCUGGUGCUGAAACUGGAAAUCUGAAUACCUCUCCACCAUCUAACCAAACAAGAAGUCCUGAGAAAUUUGAAAAGGCAGAGAAAGAAAUCGAAGCCCCGUUAAUAUAUGAACCCCCAGUCAAUGGAACCUCAGCUCCAAAUCCAAAGAUAGCAUCCUCUGUCACUGCUGGAGUUGCCAGUUCACUGUCAGAAAAAAUAGCUGAUACCAUUGGAAAUAAUCGGCCAAAUGCACCAUUGACAUCUGUUCAAAUCCGGUUUAUUCAAAAUAUGAUACAGGAGACAUUGGAUGAUUUCAGAGAAGCAUGCCAUAGGGACAUUGUGAAUUUACAAGUGGAGAUGAUUAAACAGUUUCACAUGCAAUUGAAUGAAAUGCACUCUUUGCUGGAAAGAUACUCAGUGAAUGAAGGUUUAGUGGCUGAAAUUGAAAGACUGCGGGAAGAAAACAAAAGACUGCGGGCCCACUUUUGAAAGUUCAGUGGAUACCUUAAUGUUUGUAAUUAGGGAAGCUUCUGGCAACACAACUGCAUGGAAUCAGUAUUGUUUUUAUGGCCUUCAGGAAAAAAAGGUUUUUUUCAAGUAAAAUGGUGAUGGGACUUUACACCAACCACUAUUUCAUCUUCUGUCAAAAAUAUUUAUAUUUUUAUAUUAAAAACUACAUGUCAUCUGUCUAAUAGGAAAGUCAACAGUAUCUUUAUUUUCUGAAAGCUUUAGCUACACACUAAGUGCCCUUUUUCAUAAGAAAAGAAAAUUGUGCAAAAAAAAAAUGGGUUGUAUGUUUUUUAAUCACCUUUUUUUAACAGAUAAUAUUUUUGAUUGAUUGACAGUUGCCUUCCAAAUUUUUUUGGAUGUUUGAAGGUUAAAGAGUUUUGAUAUGCCUUCUAUUUUUAUGGUGAAAAUUUUAAAAUGGCAAUUGGUGUUGCUAAGCAAUUGACUAGUAAAAUACAAUGUUGGUUAGUAAUUAUUUUGUUAACUUGAUAAAGUCAAGUGUGACUAUUAUUUAUUACUUGUACAUUUCAUAAGAAAAUUCUGGGAAUUUUGAAUUACACAGAUUACAUUAUAUAUCUAUUUGCACCUAUGUUAGUGUUUUGUACUUCUGACAAAUUUCUACUCCUGUUUGGUACUUUUUAGUUAAUUUUACUUUACUUAUGAAAAUAUUUAGGGGUUUGUUUAUAAGCCUCAGCGCUGCGUAUCUACCGAUUAUCUCAUGAAUUAAUAACAUGCAAAGUUAUUCUGUAAAGUUUCAAACAACAUGAUUCAACCUAUAAUCAGUGAAAAUGUUAUAUUAGAUGCUAAGUAUUACAGUAUUAGUCCUAUUUCCUUCCCUUCCAAAUGAGAAGUGUAGAUUAUUUUGUUUUGUGGUUUAUAUCAUUAACUUUCUCUAAUUCUUUGUGUGCUGUGUGUAAUUUUUUUUUAUUAUUGACCUUACCGUAAAAUUAAAAAGGUUGUCAAAAGAAUUGGCCCCUCUUUGCGAGCGGUGGAUGUAUCCAUCUGCCUGCCCUGAUCUGCAGUGUUAGUCACCGAAGACGGGGGGCUGCAGGCUGGCUAACCUUCUUACAGCCUCUUCUCUUCUCCCAGAGAGGUAAGCUGUGCACCUUGUACACAGCACGCCUGCCCAAUUUGGACUUCUGAGAUAAAUAUUUACUAAAAUAAUAAAGAAUUCUAGCUAGCUUACUAAUUUCAUGGUUUUUCCAAGCGAUGGAAAUUUUAAGGAUAUAUUUAAUAAGUGUAAACAUACUAAUAAUUACUUCAAGAAAUAAAAACAGAAAUAUUACUUUUUCCCAGUGUGGCUCAGAGAAUACGUUUGUGUUGAAGUAUAAAGGGGUGCUAAUAUGAUCUUUCUUUCCUGAAAGAUUAUUGAAAGCAUUAUGAUUUGUAACAAGUUUCCUUCUAUAUCAUUAUCAAAUAGGUUUAGAAAACAUAAAAGUGUGUUUUGCUUACAUGUUAUAAUUAAAUCCACUAAUAUUUUCCUAUUGCUAUUUUCUAUAAAUGCACAUAAUGUGUAUUAAAAGAGGUGGGAUAAAUAGAACAAUUUUAGUAACUUUAUGUGUAUAGAUAAAACAUUUUUAUCAUGGAAUUUAAAAGAUAAGUACAAACAAAUAAAAUUUUUAUAUGAUAAAAAUGGGAAAUGUGAAAUUGAACUUAUGCCUCUGGUCAAAAUGGAAUAAUAGGGAUUGGAUUUACCCAUUUGAAAAAUUUUAAACACAAAAUAUAUGAGGUAGUCUUUAAAUAUCAGAUAUUAGGCAGCACAGAACAAUGUUCACUGAGAGAGGGAAACAAAUGAGAAUCCAGAAACUCACCCAAGUAUAAGAAAUAAAACUAUACCAAAACCCAUCAGAAUCAAAUUCCUUAAAGCUUGUGGCAAAGGAAAAUUCUUAAGGCUGCUAAAGUUAAGAGACACAGAGGAACAAAGAUAUGAAUGCCAGAAUGAAGUUAGCAUCUUUAAAUUACUGAAAGAACAAGACUCAACUUUAAAUUCUCUACCUGGGAAAAUAUCUUUCAAUAAUGAAAAUGAAGUAAAAACUGUUUCAGACCUCAAAAUGCCGAAAGAAUUCAUCAGAAGCAGACUUGGCUCUACAGGAAAUGUUAAAGAAUACUUUUAGUCAGAAGGAAAAUGGUACCAGUUGGAAACUUAGUUCUAUGCAGAGUAAAAGUAAUAGAGGACCAAAAAUGGUAAACGUGUGAACAAAUGUGACUUUUUUUCAUUUUAAAUUAUCCUUAAAGGCUAAUUAAUGAUUUAAGGCAAAAACAGUGACAGGAUGUUGUGUGGUUAACAUGUAAAGUGAAAUGUUUAAGAACAGGAUCAAGAACAGGAGGGAAGAGUAAGUAUAGUCUGCGCUCCAAGGUCCUUAACACUAACUGUGAGAUAGUACAGUGUCACUCAAAAGAAGACUGAUAAAUUAAGAAUGUAUAGUGUAAACCCUAAAGCAACCAUAAAAAGAAAAGUCAGAACUAAUAAACCAACAAAAAUGAGAAAAUGUAGUCAUAAAAACAAUCCAAACGAAGGAAGGGAAGAAAAGAAGCAAUGAAUGGGCCAAAUAGAAAAUAAAACAGUAAGAUGUUAGAUUCAAACAGCAAUAUCAGUAAUUGCAUUAAGUGUAAAUUGUCAGUUAUCCUGAUCAGAUUGAGUUUUUUAGUCCAACUAUAUAUUGAAUCCAUGAAAUCUUUAAAUAUAAAGAUAAAUGGCUUAAGUAUAAAAAAAAAGUAUAUUGAACUUAAUGCAAAUGAAAACAUAAUCAAAAUUUAUGGGAUUCAGCUAAAGCAGUACUUACAGGAAAAUUUAUAUCAUUGAAUGUCUAUAUUAGAAAAGGAAAGGAUUCAAAUCAAGGACUUCAGCUUCCACGUUAAGCUACAAAAAUAAUAGCAAGUGAAACUCAAGCAAAUGAAAGGGAAGAGGAGUAGAGAAGAAAUCAAUGCAAUAGGAAAUAAAAUCCAUUGAGAAAGUGAAACUGAAAGCUAACUCUCUGAGAUCAACAAAAUUGAUAAAUCUUAGACUGAUGAAAAGGAGGGAGAUAAAUGAUAUCACUAUGGAUUUUAUAGGUAUUUCUGACAGAAAAUGCCAAAUUUAUGCUGGUGAACUCUUAAAACUAUGUAAAGAGGAAAAUAUCCAAUUCUCAACAGAUAAGCCCAGGAAUUGGAAGAGGGGAUAAUUCCCCACUCCUUUGAGGCUAGCAUUCCUCUGAUCCCCAAAUCACAAGAAACGGCAAGCCAAUAGUUAACACAGUUACAAAUGUUGUAAAUGAAAUUUAGCAGUCUGAAUUUAGCAUUAUGUCAGAAGGAUAAUAUAUGACCUAGUGAAGUUUAUGUGAAUGAAAAUUUGGGCUAACAUUAGAAAAAUAAUGUAAUUUACUCUAUUAAUAGACUAAUAGAGAAUAGAAAAUCAUUAUCACCUCAAUAAAUGCAAAAAGGGCAUUUGACAAAACCCAACAUUCAUUUCCAACAAAAACUCUUAAAAUAAAAUAGAACUUCCUCAGCUUGAUAAAGGGCAUCUUAAAAACUUGCAGCUAACUUCGUACUUAAUGGUGAAAGGCUAAAUGCUUUUCUCUAAGAUCAGAGACAAAGCAAGGAUGCCCACAAUCCUCUUCUUUUAAACAUUGUGUUGGAGUUUCUGACUAAAACAAUUAGGCAAGAAGAAGAAAAAUUAUAAAGGGAGAAGUAACAUCUCUUCACACAUGACAUUGGGCUCUACAGAAAACCUAUGGAAUACAUAGAAAUUCUAAAAAUACAUGAGUAACAAGAUUACUGUAUACAUGGUCAAUAUACAAAAACCAAUUGUGUUUAUAUAUACUAACAAUAAAUUGAAAUGAAAAAUCAAUACUAUUUAUAUUAGCAUCAAAAAAUAUGACAUACUUAGGUAUAAAUUUGAUAAAGCUAUGCAAGACCUAUAUACUGAAUUCUAUAAAACAUUACUGUGAGAAAACCUAAAUAAACAGAUGUCAUUCAUAGA